AUGCCGAGACGAAAGUCAAUACAAGAAGACGCCUCGGCGACCUCCGAACCGCGGUCCUUGCGCAAGCGGUCGCCUGACGAUGCGGCCGGCGACCUCGAAGCGACGCCUUCCAAGAGAAGACGCAGUAUUGCGUCCGACGCCGUCAAUGGCGAGGCGGACACCAUCGUGGCCCUCGGCAAUCCUGAUACGACCAACGGCGAGCUCAACGGCGACGUUGAGGAAGCUCCAGAUGACAGCCCAGCGCCUCCCCCAGUCACGGUCACUCCGCGCAAACGAGGCCGACCGCCGAAAGCUGCGUCACAGGCAGGGACACCCAAUUCAAAAACGGGAACGACACCAAUGUUCUCCACGCCCGUCAAACGUGCCCACUCGGCGACGACAACUCCGAGGAGGCAGGCGGCCGACCGAUCGGCGCGCAAAAAGAGUGCUCGUGCGCUCAUCGAGAAUGUGGUGCGGAACGGCGACAGCGACGACGAGGACGAGGAUGACGAUACCCUUGUGAGGGAGAUAUACGAGGACAGUGAGGCCGACGAGGAUGACGAAGAUGACGCGCGGGGAGAGGAGAUCCCGCAAGAGAACGGUGUCCCUGUCGACGAGGCUGCAACUCCAUCCAAGACGCCUCAACGACGACGGCGGAGAGCCAAGUCCCCCACGCCGCCCAGGGACCUCCCACCUCACGAGCUUUACUUUACGCACAACAAGCCCGGUCGGCCAAAGACGUCUGACAACACGCUCAAGUCUCUUGCCCUACUCUCCCACGAGGAGUACUUUGAGGUCCUGCGCCAGCACAAGGAUCGGCAUGCCAGCGACAUCGAGUAUCUCGAGUCCCUGCACGCCGAGUCGUUCCCGCAGUGGGCAUUUGAGCUAGAGCAGGCCUUCAGCUUGUGCCUCUACGGGUUUGGCUCAAAGAGAAACCUCCUGCAGCGCUUCGCCCGGCAUCUGCACUCCCAUGCUCCAGGUCGGCUCGAGACGCGCCGGACCGUCAUCGUGAACGGCUACGCACACACCGCUACCAUGCGCGAGGUUCUCGCUGUCAUCGCCGACGCCGUCAGCCCCAAGCAGAAGCUCGCUGGCGCGCCCACCCCCGCCGCCAUCCUCGCGCACCUCUCCUCCGCGGCGGCAGAAGAGGAAAACCUCGUGCUCACCCUUGUCGUCAACUCCAUCGACGCCCCGCCCCUGCGCAAGCCCGGCAUGCAGGCCGCCCUCGCGCAGCUUGCGUCCCACCCGCGCGUCCGCCUCGUCUGCUCCGCCGACACGCCCGACUUCCCGCUCCUGUGGGACAUUGGCGUGCGCUCGGCCUUUUCCUUUGCCUUCCACGACUGCACCACGUUUGCGCCCCUCGGCGUCGAGCUCGACGUCGUGGACGAGGUGCACGAGCUGCUUGGCCGCACCGCCCGCCGCGUCAACGGCCGCGAGGGUGUCGCGUUCGUGCUGCGCAGUCUGCCCGAUAAUGCGAAGAACCUGUUCCGCCUGCUCGUCGGCGAGGUGCUCAUCGCCAUGGAGGAAGAUGGUGCCGGCGCGUCUGACGAGGCGGCGGGUGUGGAGUACAGGAUGGUGUACAACAAGGCCGUCGAGGAGUUUAUAUGUAGCUCCGAGAUGGCCUUCCGCACGCUACUGAAAGAGUUCCAUGACCACCAGAUGAUUACGAGUCGCAAGGACGCCCUAGGCACGGAGCUCCUGAGCGUGCCGUUCCAGAAGGACGAGCUAGAGGCCAUACUGGAGGAUCUGAUGUCUUGA